AUGUUACCGGAAAAAGAAAACGACGACAGUGAACAAGACCACGAUACUGAAUAUGACAAUGUCAGUUCAGAAGCCAUGUAUCGUGAAGAUCUCUUUGAAGGCGAUAUUGUUCUUGUCAGUAAUGAAGCUACCGUAUUCAACCGUGGUGUAUCAAUGACUUGGCAUGGUACUGACUGUAUAAAUCGGAACAACUCUUCCAUUCCUCAAAUUGAGAUGAAUGCAAUAUAUUACAAUGCGGUAAGGCAGAGAACAUUGUUAUGGCCGAAUGGACGAGUACCAUACGUCAUCUCUCCAGUAUAUUCUAAUAUCAGCAAACUUAUAAUUUUGGAAGCAUUUAAAGAAUAUCGGCUUCUAACAUGUAUACGGUUUAUUCCUAAAAGACGAUUCGAUAAUGAUUACAUCCAUAUUGCGCCUUAUGAUGGUUGCUACUCAAUGGUUGGCAAUAAUGGUGGUAGGCAAACAGUAAGUUUGGGUGAUGGAUGUUUGAAGAAAGGAAUAGUAAUUCAUGAAUUGAUGCAUGUAAUUGGCUUUUUUCACGAACAAAAUCGCGCUGAUCGAGAUUUAUAUGUGGAUAUUCUCUGGGAAAACGUAAAGCCGGCUCUUUCUGAACAAUUUGACAAAUAUUCAGCGACCAUAAUUGAUGAUUUAGACUCACCAUAUGAUUAUGAUUCCGUAACGCACUAUUCCGCAGUGGCAUUUAGCAAAAAUGGUAAACCGACCAUAAUUCCCAAAUCUAUCAGCAAAGUCUCCCGAAUUGGUCAACGACGUGGUCUUUCUUCUAUAGAUAUUUGGAAAAUUAACAAAUUAUACGACUGCGUAAAUCAAAUAGGAAUGACUUCGGCCUCAAGUGUAGGAAACCUCGAAAAUGGAAAGCAACGUAAGGAACUGGAAGUAUCUGGCACAAUCAGAGAACAAUUUCCUACAACUAUAAGGACUGCUUUUACUGUUUCUUCCACACCAUCAACUAGUAAUAUCACAACAAAAACAAAAGAAGCCAAAGGAUUCAAAAUUAAUUUAAAUCUUUCAACAUUUUCAACAGUACCUUCGUCAUUUAUAUCAACUUAUAUGAACGCGAACAGUCUAUCGAAUCUAUUUCCUGUAACAAAGAAUAAUGUAACAGGACCUAUUACAGCUACUGUUGCUAUUCCUACAACCACUACAAGUAUGGCAUUUAAAAAUUAA